UUUUUUCCGGGUUCGGAGCCGUUCCGGAUGCUUUAGGCUGCCGGAUGUCUCAUCUCCGGAUAACUGAGGCGUUUCUGUACAUGGAUUAUCUGAGAAUGUCUGAGUGUAUCCAGAUCUCAUUUGCUGUUUGUAGAAUUGGCAUUCACACGUGUUUUAGAGCACUCUGCUGCAAGGGACCACCACCCGCCCGGCCAGAAUAUGAUCUGGUCUGCAUAGGUCUCACUGGCUCGGGCAAGACCAGCCUGUUGUCAAAACUCUGCAGUGAAAGCCCGGACAACAUCGUAUCAACUACAGGUUUUAGUAUAAAAGCUGUACCAUUUCAGAAUGCCAUCUUGAAUGUAAAAGAACUUGGAGGGGCUGACAAUAUCCGGAAAUACUGGAGUCGCUACUACCAAGGAUCUCAAGGGGUAAUAUUUGUAUUAGAUAGUGCCUCUUCAGAAGAUGAUUUAGAAACUUCUAGAAAUGAACUGCAUUCAGCUCUUCAGCAUCCACAGUUAUGCACUUUACCCUUUUUAAUAUUGGCCAAUCAUCAAGACAAACCAGCUGCUCGAUCUGUACAAGAGGUCAAAAAAUACUUUGAACUUGAACCCCUUGCCCGGGGCAAACGCUGGAUCCUGCAGCCCUGUUCCCUGGAUGACAUGGAUUCCCUGAAGGACAGCUUCUCACAACUCAUCAGCUUGUUGGAAGAAAAAGACCACGAGGCUGGAAGAAUGUGAAACGUGGCUCAGAGAACAGGCUCCCCCAAAGGCAUUGAACCAGUCAUGUUUAUUUCUCAUUUAAAUUUUUAUUUUGGUAGCCAAACUCCAUGGCUUCUAUAUCUGUUCUCCUUUUGUUAUCUCAGACUCUCAUCUCUUUAUGACAGUGAACAUUUUGUCCAUCAGGUGAAGUCUCAUCGGCAUUCGCGUCGAGUACACACUACUGAGAGAGAAUGUACUCUUUAUUUACCACUAAUUAUUUUCACCGCAUGUCUCUUCCUUCUGUUGUCCUCAGAGUCUCUGCUCUUCUCUGUGCUUAAAAGAAUAGAAUCUGUGGCUCCAGAAAGUGAAAUCCCUGGUGAAGGACUCAGGGAGACGCAAAGGGUGCUGGGUUAUAUGUCUGGGGCUCUUCGUAUUAUCUAUGUCAUCUUCAAGAUCUCUUGAGGUUUUACUUUAUUUUUAUCUCUGGCUUUCUGUAUCUGGCCUUAGAAAUGAUGAGAUAAAUAAGCACCAAAAACUUCAAUUCUUCACCUCAUCAGAAAAGACUCUCCUGCCAAAGAAAGACAAGUUGCAUAUUGUUUCUUUGGUGGCAGCCCAAGUCUUACUCUGAUCCCUAUUUUGAAAGCAAAGGCAUUGUUCUAAUUUAUGAGAAAAUAGGAAAGUUAGGCACAAUGCAUGGUCAUUGAUUAUAAUUUCUUCAAGUUUUUAAAUAUUG